UCUUUAGAUAUUCGUUGAAGGUGCAAAAGAUGCAAUAAAACGUUUAGACUCAAUUUAGAGAAUUGUCAUUAGCCAUAUUGCCCAUUGUUCCUUAUUUCUUUCUGUCAUAUUUCCGGUAAUUCACACAUUUUCUUUAAAAAUAGUUCUCCAGGAUCUCCUCUUGUGACAUGCUUAGAUUAACACCAGAGUGGUAGAACAUUCCAUUUUAAAGUCUCUAGGACUUACAUAUUGCGCAACCCAUAUGUGGCCGAGCGUUGACAUUAUCAACUGCGUUCGAUAUCAUGAUGGCGUUCCUGUGAUGGGGUUCCUCCUGGUUUAAGAAGUUCUUAACAUCGGUCUGGUCCCACCAGAUACUCAGAAAAACCUUCAGGCUCCUGGAUGUUUGGACGAGAUAAUCAAGAUGCUGUAUGUCUAUGGGGAGUAUCCACGAUUGCGGUUCAGGACAGGUAACCCUUAACAUUUCUGUGACAAUAUUGAGAAGGUAAAGAAAGCCUUCCAUAUCCCAGAUUGCAUAGGUACCGGUUCAUGUAUAUCAGCAAUACGACGCCAUUUCUACCAUCUGAUUUCCCUAUGCUCCUAUAUUUGUAAAUAAAAAACAAACGCUCAAGCACUUUCCACAAACGCUUCCUUGGAUACUUACAGCAGAUAUCCAUGGUUACCGCCUUACCCACCAACGUGCAAUGCACACAGCAAACAGUUCGUUUCCCUACGUAGCGAUGGUUCCUGGCAACCGUUCUCGAAAUUGCUUGUCCACAUCAGUAUCAAACAAACGUUGAAAAGCAAUGGACGAACAGCGCACAGUGUCCUCGGAGCAACCGUCCACAAAAACAGGACGUUACGAUGGGAAGUCGCUCAUCUCCAAACCGAUCCGCAACUCGUCCUGUACCAUACCAAACGAACUGCUUGAGUUUGACUACUCGUACGGGUACGACUGCAAGCGGUACUUUAAUUUGUGCAAGAUUGCAGAAAACGUGCUCGUGUUUGCGUCGGGCAAUUUGAUCCAUUUCUUCGACGUUGGCACACGCACCGUAACGACCCGUCGCAGCUCGACUGGAGGAGGCAUUGGAUGCAUUACGACGAAUCCGAGUGAAGAAUUUUCGCAUCUCACGGUCGGCGAGAAUGGGCCCGAUCCGCCCAUCAUCAUCUACCAGUAUCCGGAGAUGACCGUGGUUAACUUGCUGACGGGCGGCACGACCAGCGGUUAUUCGCGCAUCGAUUACACCGUCGACGGUAAGCUGCUGAUUUCGCAAGGCAUCGAACCGGACUACAUGCUGACGGUGUGGAAUUGGAGCGAGGCGGAAAUCAUACUACGCUGCAAAUCCUUCUCGAACGAUGUGCUGAACGUGAUGUUUUCGCCGAGCGUUCCUGGGCACAUCACAACCUGUGGUCUCGGCCACAUCAAAUUCUGGAAGAUGUCCAGUACAUUUACCGGCUUAAAGCUUCAGGGAGAGCUCGGCCGUUUCGGCAAGACUGAGAUAUCGGACAUUGUGGGCAUUUUGCCACUGCCCGACGAGAAAGUGCUCUCCGGUUGCCAGUGGGGCAAUGUGCUGGUGUGGGAAGCAGGCCUGAUCAAGCUCGAGGUGUGCCGGAAAGCUCGCAAACCCUGUCACGAUGGUCCCAUUACGCAGAUUCUAAUGCGCGAAGGUGAAGUUAUGACGGCAGGGCUGGAUGGAAGGAUUAGGAUAUGGUUCUGGGAAACGGUGGAACUGGCCGAUCCACCGGACGACGAUCGAUUUGUGGAAAUUGAGCCCAUUAUGGAGUUUCGGAUUGGGGCCGAGCUGAUGUGUCUGGUACGCCGGCAGGGUGACUUCCAGUGGUACGCCCAGGAUGGUAGUGGCGGGAUCUGGCUGUGUGAUCUAACUCCGGCACAUCAUACCGAACCACCGCAGCAGCUGUUCAAGUGUCAUGCCGGUGCAAUCGUUUCCGUGCAGGCCAGUCCUGUCUCGAGCCACGUGGCAACGCUCGGUAAGGAUGGGAUGCUGUGUGUGUAUGAUUACGCAAAGCGGGAACUGCUGCUUAGCCAUCGGUUCCAGUGUGCUGGACAGACAAUGGUCUGGCUACCGCCGACCUUGGACCCAACCGGUGCCAUUCUGGUGCUGGGCUUUGCUGACGGAUUUCUUCGCACGCUAGCCAUUAAUCUGCACGACGGGCAUCUUUCCUAUCCGGAGAAUCGGGUCAAUCUCAUACAGCUGCUAAAGCCCCACUCGCAAUCGGUUACCGCGCUUGGGCUGAACGUUCGCGAAACUAUUCUCGUGUCCGGGUCGGAGGAUAAAACCGUCUUCGUGCAUCGGUGUGUGCGGGCAACACCUCACAUAACGCUGGAACCGAUCGGCUUGGUGUACACUCCGUCUGCUGUGACCUCGAUAAGCUGGAAGCCGGAUACAUCCUCCACCGCUCUCGUAGGCUGUAGGCACGGUCAAUUGCUCGAGGUGGAGCUACCCGAAACAUCGGUCGAGUAUACGACGAUAUCCUUCCAUCUGCGGCACGUCGAAAUAAGGCAACUAACCUUUCAGUCGGUAAAGUCGGAAAUUAAGCGUAAUCUGCGUGUGGCCGAGAUUGAGAAUCGAAAGCAAGAGAAGCGGGCCAGAAAGCUGCAAACGUUGGAGCGUCUGCGGAUCGAGAAUCCUAAGGCCGAAAUCAACGAGGAAGCCUUCCUGGCCGACUCAGACGAGGAGGAAGAGCUCGAGCCGCUGUACAUUCCGAAGGUGCCCAAUCCCGUACUGUGGGCGCGCUACACCGACGAAAACACCCUGUGGCUGUCGAUGGGAGGUUAUGACGCAGGGUACGUCUACGAGUAUGGGUUCGACGAUGAGGAUCCACUAUCGUGCACGCUCAUACCCGAUCUGGAAGAUAUCGAGAUGACGUGCUACCUGCGAGACACUAACUACACCAUCUUCGGAACCGGUAACGGUGCGAUCAGGGUUAAUCGAACCAAGCGUGACUUCCGGGAUCUGAGCGAUUACUGGACGCUUCCGAUGCACGACAACCGUACCGGGCGUAUCACGGCACUCGCCUUCAGUCACGAUUUUUCCCACAUCUUCAGUGUCGGCGAGGAUGGGAACCUGUUCGCGUACCGGUGGUACGGCGAAGGUGAACCGUUCCAUGCCGUACCGCCAAAGCCGUUGGAAAAGUCCGUCAAGCGUGUGUUUGACAUCGACGAGCGUGACUAUCCAUCGCUGGAAGAGCAGAAAGCCAAACAGGAACGGGAUCGGUUGGCGAAAAUUGUGUCCGAUCGUAAGGAGGCCGUUUUGCAGACGGUGGCAGAACAUCGGACACGGUUCGAAGCGCUGCUCGAGCGCAACCGUGCCCUACCGGAAGCGUUCCGCAUACCAGUAACGGAUUUUGUGCUAGACGAACGGAUAAUGGACGAUCUGCGGGAACAGCUCGAGGCCGAGCUGGGGCUUGUCCAUCGCAAGAUGGCGUUCGAUGUGGAGAAGGUUCGUAUCGCGGCGGGUAAGUUGGAACGCUUCUUUCUCGAGCCGCUUGAGAGCUACCCGAUUGAGGUGCUGGCAGUCAGAAGUGGACAGUCGGUGAAGAGUUUUCGCAUCGAAAAGCUUGACGAUGAUUACUACCAAACUGUGGAGCAGGUGGAGAGACUGGUCGCCGAAGAGGCAGAACGAAGACGCCGCUUCAUUGAGCUGUGUAAAACACCAGAGGACAGAAUCCCCGAGGCAACGUCCGCCAAACGUAAAGAUCGCCGAAAGGACUCCCAGAUGCAGCGCAAGGAAUCGUUUCUCGAGGGACUCUCCCAGUCAACGAUCGACUUUAAGCUCGAGAGCAAAAUGCGACGGCUGCUGGCCAAGUAUCGGGAUCGUAAAAACCAAGAAACAAUACGUCAACAAGAGUGGGAAGAACAUAAAGCCUCCAAACCGGAUCCGAACGCAAACGAUCCGGCCGAUGAUAUAGCGAUCAAGGAAGCAGCCGGUACGAUCGGUGAUUAUAAUCUGAAAAGUGAUCCCGAUUACGAGCCUACCGAGGAGCAGGUCGAAACUGCCACCGGCAAGUAUCACGAGCUGUUGCGCGUACGGAAGGAGAUGUUUACCUUGCGCAAGGACUACAACAAGCGUGUGUUUGCGUUGCGCGAGCGGAAAGUUGAGCUGAUGCGCUAUGUGGCAAAACAGAGGGCAAAGUUGAAGCAGAUCCAUGAGGAAAUUCCGCAAGAGAAAUGGAAACAAUUUGCGCAAGAUGUUACGCUGAACCAGGCGGUGGAGUACGCCGAUGAUCAGUACAAGUUUGAACAAGAUCGUCACGAUUUUAGCCCGGACUGUGCGAUGUCUAAGGAAUCGCAGCACCGAGCUACACCCAACCAAGACAUGGUACUGAAAGAAGUGCUUGGAUUAAUGCUUCCCGCGGAAGAGCAGGCUAAGCUAACUUUCAGCAAGCACGAACGCGAGUUGCGGGAGCUCCGUCUGAUCCGGAAGCUGUUUAAGCAGGAUAAAGUCAUCGACAAGGCUACGAAACGUAUCGAACAGUUCGAUCGUGAGCUGGCAGCUUUGGCCCAGGAACGAUUGCAGGUUGAAACGGAUGCUAAGCUGCUGGAAAACUUCCAGCUAACGCUCUACCAGGAGCUGUGGAUAUUGAAGGACUUUAGCAAGCUAGAGACGGACGUGCUGGACGGUGUGGAGCAGGUGACAGUCGAACGGAACGAGCUACUGCAAGCGGUUCAAGAUGCACGCAGCUCGAUCGAGCAGAUAGAGCUCGAGAUGGAGCAGAUACAGCGUGAGCAGCGCUCAAAUCUGCAGCGCUUCAACUCCACCUGCCUGGACAACGAGUUCUCCAAGGUGAUGAAGCGCAUCUACAAGAAGAAGUUUAAGCCGUGCAAAAUCAACGACAACGAUUCGGACUCGUCCUCCGAGUACUCGUCGGAAGAUAUAGAAGGGCUGGAGAACGCGAACGAGGGUGAAGUGAGCAAGGUGUUUCUCGAUCUUAACCACUGCCCGGCCGGUUGCGAUCCGGAAAUCUACAACCUUGCCAUCCAGCUGCGCAACGAAAAGCUGGAGCUGCAGCGUCGCCACUAUGCGGAAGAGCGCACCCUGAAGGAGGUGCACCGACAGCUGGAAAACUUGAAGCCCACGUUGGCCGAUGCCGAAGCACGACUGCGGGAAAGAAAGGCGGAGCUGCUGGAGCUGCGGCGUGAGAAGCAACGGCGCCUGAACGACAUCGACACGCUGAUCAUUGUGAGGAUGGAUCAGAUGCAGUACUUUCGCACCGAGACGGAGUUUCAUGAUGUGGAAAACAGUUUGCUGUUCAAUCGGGAAGCGUUACUGAAGCUGUACGCACGCGUCGAGCAACUGGCGGCGGAAACGCUCGAAACCAAGCGGAAGCAUCGGGUGAAUGUGGUGCAUCUGGCACGCAUGAAGACGGACAUUAAGUUUAUGCGGCAGCAGCUGGUCUCGCUGAAGGAGGAAAUCAGCGAGACGAUGAUGAAGAAGUUUGGGCGCGUGAUCGAUCUGGACGAGCUGGAGGAAACCAUACUGCGCCAGUACACGUUCGAGAUGCGGGCUAAUCUGGACGAUGUGAAGAAGAGUUACGAGGAGCGCGCGCGUGAGCUCAAGAAAAUGUACGCCAACAAGCAGGAAGAGCUGAAGAAGGUCAUCCAGGAAGGUACCGAGAAGCUGCACAUCCUGACCGUACUGCAGGAGGAGUACAACAACUUGGUGAAAGCGCUAGCCCACCAGACGAUACUGCUCGAGCGUCGCAAUCAACCGCCACCGACCUACUCGGAAGAUUUGACCAAACUGCGCGAGAUUGCCAAGAUCCAGAAGGAACAGAUCAACACACUGCAGCGCGAGAUCCGCACACUCAGCAUGAAGUGCAAACCACUGUCGGCUGAAAGCCCGGACGUGGAGAUCACCAUACCACCGCCGGUGUGCGGAAAACCUCCCCCGGUAGCGGACGAGUCCGUGUACAAUACGGUCAUGGACUCAGCACCACCCAGCACCCGUGCCAGCUCACCCGACAACUUCCUGUACAACGAGAUCUCCAGCCUGAUCGAUGACUUCCUGGUGGAGCAGCUCGGUUCACGGGUGCUGCAGUCCGACAUCAAGCGCGUCGUCAACCAUCUGGCCCACUAUCUGUCCAACAUCAUACACAACUUUGCGCCGGAGCACGCGAGCGACCUGCUGCCGCACAUUAUCGAAAACUUCAAAUCCUUCAUCCCGGAGGAGCUGCUCAUUACGAUACCGCCGCAAGCGAUCGCCGAGCUGAUCGAGAGCAUAUUCCGCACGUUCAAGGAAGGGUACGACAUCGACACGAAGGAAAUUUUGGGCGAAAUCGUCAGCAACAGUCUGGAGAUGAUCUUUCCCGCAUCACAAAACUACUCGCACAACAUACUGGUGGACAUUAUGAAGCAGGUGCUCGCGACGCUGCACGUCGCGGACGUUAACCAUCCGGACACGAUCGCGUUCAUUGCUAACGGGAUACGCCAUAAGCCGGGCAUCGAUCCGGACGGCGUGAAUGUGGAGCUGAUGUGUGAGGAGAUCUUGCUGUACGCCCAGGAGAACACGGUCGACGAGAUCGGUAUGGAGCUAGUACGGGGCGUUAUCGAAGGGAUUCUACAGUGCGUACGGGAGCAAUAGGCACUGCGCGAGGAAGUAAAGAUUGUAGAUUGAUCACCCGCACGCAACGUGUGUGAGAAAGCGAGUGUGUGUGUGUGUGUGGUACGGAACGGCACGAUAAUCACAAGCGCCCACUAUAGUACGGUGUGCGUUAGUCGUGUGCGGUGGCACCUGGUUUCGUGGGACGUCACCCGUGGGGGACCGAAAAAAAAAUGGCGAGACCUCCACCGGGUUGGGCGCCCUUAGCGACAGUUGCGGACGCCUCGCGAACGAUUGUCAUGCGUCCGUGGCGUGCGCCCAACGCGAAUGACGAAACGGCGAGGCGCUCUAGCGGUGGUGGUGUGUGGCCGGGGUGUGUUAUCUAUGUUGGUUCCCACCGACAAUGGGCCCACGGCAGAGCACGGCGGCGAUGCGUACGUCGUUAUCGUCGUGGUGGUGGCAAGUAAACAACAACUUGACGCUAAAAACCCGUAGCACCCCCUUUUUAUGCGAAAUGGUUCCUGACGCUGCAUUGGCGGGCAUUGCUUCCUUCCUGGUUGAUCCUUGACUGGAAAGGACUCUCUGGAGAACUCGCUGGCAUUCUAAUCUAGAGACCCUCGGGACGUCCCUUCCGUUAAUAUUUUCUUCCCGCUCUUUCUGUACAGCUAUUGUUAGGCAUAAUAUCCACAAGCGUUAGCGACUUCAAAUAAUCUAGUGACCCUCGGGACUUUCCUUCCGUUAAUAUUAUCUUCCCUUAGGUAUACCUCUAUCUUGCUCUCGUCCUCUCUCUCUCUCUUUCACUCCCCCCAAAAAUAGUACACCGAUCGUUGUCGCCGUUUAGUCAUCGGAAGGUAGCUUGAUAUAUGGGCACAUCGAUAAGAUGAAACGGGUCAACGGGCCUAAGGCGUGAACAGUGAAAACGUGAUUUAUUUUGGUGGGGAAAUUUUGGCCAACCAUGUGCGGAAACUCCACCAAAGCAAGGCCUUUUAUCGGCGUGAUCCGGGCAGGGUAAAGUAAAAGGGUGAUGCAAUGUUGCAGCGCUACUGCUAGUUAAAUCAUACGCACUAGGAGCGUGUUACUGCUCUCAGCAGCAUGAUAGCAAUCGCUUCUUAUCAGCGUGCGCGGGGUUUUGAGUGGAUUUUAAACGGUGGAUUAAGUGCGCCUAACAGUAUGCAAUUUGCUGUAUGAAUACGGACGGAAACUUUCUUCCUCGAGGUGAAAGGUGUUUCCUUCUGGUUGAUCCUUUUUUUUGGCCCCUGCUCGUUAGGCUGACAAUAAUGGCCAAGUGCAUUACUGGGUGGAAAGGCACAAAAAGCCCCCUCCCCCCUCCCAUUUGUUUGUCACAGUUGACAUGGGAGGGGAUGUCCCGUCAAUUAGAGAUUACAGAGCGAGCAACGUGCAGCUAGCAGGCAAUAAUUUGGCUUUACAAUUUAUCACUAUUCAAAUGAAACCUCUUCACCUUGAAGCGAAAACAACCAAAUAAUGGCAGAAAGGAGAAACAGAACGACAACAGCAGAAGAAGAACAACAACAAAAAAACACCCCACACCACCCUGACUGGCCAUUUUUGCAUCUGAUAAAGCUGGACACGGUACGGGCGCAUGAUUUCCGGGCGCACGCGCGCUCGCGCACACACUUCAGCCCCAUUGUGAAGUGUGCGUGUGUGUGUGUGUGUGCACGGGCACAUGUCCGCCCGCAGGUUUUGCGUCGGUUCGAUUAUCAGUUGUUGUGAGCGGUGGUGCUUUAUUGGGUUUUUUUUUCUUUUCUUUUUCAUUUCUAGCGCCCAUCAUUAUUGUUGUCUGUUGUUUGAACAGUGUUGUGUGUCCGUCCAUCCUCGUUCUUAUCAUGUUAGCAACAGAGCGUUACUGUGCGUUUUGCGUCCGUUCCAAUAAUGGUGAGCGUGUGUGAUCCUUUACCCUGCCAGUGCCUUCGGACCCGCUCAUUAAUCUAGCUUACUGGCCUGGCAAACAUCCGUCCGCAGGCAGUUAUCACAGAUAAUGAAGUGUGCGCCGCACCCGAGGACCCGCAGUAGUGUGAGCGGUCCGUGCGCACACUUUCCAAUCGUGCGCCGAUAAUGAUGGAUGGACAAACGGUUCGGGGUUCAUUAAUUAAAACUGUUUUCGACAUUGCAUGACACCAUGAGGUUUUUUUCGGUGCUUCUUCCUUUUUUUUGUUCUUCACGGGCCGGAUGCGGGUUCGAGAAAUAUCGGUCGAUUUCGAUCAAUCGAUCACAACAAAAAAUUGGGAUUAGUUUAUGCUGGUUUUUCCCUGUGUCUAUUUUAUUAUGCGGCAUUACGGGUUAUUGGAGGUAUUAAUUAUUAUAAUUAGUAUAAUCAUACACUGAUACCACUUUCUAUAGCCGCCACACGCUUCGUUGGAGUAACUUAAAGUUUAAGAUUUAAUUUGAUCUACUUUAGUUUUUUUUAUAAACUGGGUUUAUGGUUUUAGUGGCGCAGAUUCAUGCAAUGGCUAGUUUCCACUAGCUUUCGAUACCAAGGCCGGCCACAAUAGAUUAGAAAUUAAUUAUUAUUCUCAUUAAAGUAAGGACUCCUGGACAAAUUAGUAAGAAUAGUUGAAAUUAUCCUAGAGAUGCGGAAGUUUGUUUCGAAGGUAUAUUCCUUCUUGGUCUAAUAAACUCUUAAGGUCUGCCAUUUCUGGCUUACUAGACUUAUUGUUACCGCAUAGUUGGAUAAUCCUCACUAUGGGAGACCGGCCCAGUUGAGACUU